CAAAGAAUAUUUAAUACACUUCAUCACAUCGAUAGUUAUGCCGGGAUUAGAAGAAAGUUUUUGGUUUCACUCAAGUCCUUCCGCGCAAGGCCCAAUGUCCGAUGGGGUCGCCUCCGAGCAAGUGAAAAAAUUCUUUUUCACAUCUCGAAGGAACUUGGAACUUGAUCAGGACGACGAAUCACUUGAGAUUUACAUACCCGAGCUCCUGCAGGCAAGCUACAGCUUUUACACUUGGCCGUCAGCUCCUGUUCUGGCGUGGUUCUUGUGGGAACAUCGUGAAGAUUUGGUUGGGAAAAGGGUACUGGAGCUUGGUUCUGGUACAGCGCUUCCUGGAAUAGUGGCGAGCAAGUGUGGAGCUCUAGUAACACUCAGCGAUUCUGCAAGUCUACCAAAGAGUUUGCAGCAUAUAAAGCGUAGUUGCGAGCUGAACGGUGUUUUGUCGCAAGUUAAAGUAGUUGGAGUAACUUGGGGCCUCUUCUUGUCUGGAUUAUUUUCCAUUGGUCCUCUAGAUUUGAUCCUAGGAUCCGACUGCUUUUACGAACCAACUGUCUUCGAAGACAUUGUUGUAACUGUCGCCUUUCUACUAGAGAGAAACUCAAACGCAAGAUUCUUGUGCACUUACCAAGAGCGUAGUGCCGACUGGUCCAUUGAACACUUACUCAAUAAGUGGGGGUUGACCUGUACACAUAUUCCUCUUGCUGGGCUUGGCGCUAACUCAGGUAUAAAUAUACAAGAGUUGAUGCAAGAUCAUACAAUUCACUUACUCGACAUCAGACGAGCAUCGUAGAAAAACAGAAUCAUUGAGAGACCUUGUCAUGGCAGCAAAAGUUGCAGGAGUUACUAAUAAAUUGUUCGUAAGCAACUUGCCUUGGACUGUAGCACAUAAGGAGUUGAAAAACUACUUUUCACAAUUUGGCUUUG